GAUAAAAUGGAAGAGCUCAGGUGUUUGAACUGCCACAAACCGUUUGAAUCUCAACAAGGACAUGUCUGCUUAAAUAACCCUUGGAUGCUGGGAAACCAAAUAUUGCAGGAUAUUGAGGAUGAACUACUCCUUCAUGAAAAUGAGUUUAUCUCUUUGUAUAGCGAGCAGUUACCUGAGUUAGCGUCUGUCUGUACUGAAAUAUUCAAUAGAAUAUCUGAUCCUUGCACUGUUUCCGGUGUAUCGAAAGAAGUGACGUUCGGGACUGGUCAACAAAUCGGAUCAAGACCAGUUUCACUAGCAUUACCGGAAUUAUCAUCAGUCUGUAAUGAAAUAUUCAAUAGAAAUCCUGAUCCUUACAAUGAUUCCAAUUUAUCGAAACAAGUGACUUCUGGGGCUAAUCAAGAAAUCGGUUCUAACCCAGUUUCAUUUUCGGGAAAGUCUAAGACUUACAAUAAAUGCACUGUAAAUGAGGUCUAUGCAGUUCCUGGUCCUUCCCGAUUGCCCUUGAAUGAAAGCGAAGGUAGUUUGUGUCAGGAAAAAUUCCAACCUAAACCAUACCAAGCAGUGACUACUAAAGUAAAACAGUGGACAUGCAGCGUUUGCCAAAUGGUAUACAAAGACAAAUAUCACUUACUAAGGCAUAGACUAAUCCAUGGGGAGGAAGAAAAACACAGUUGUGACUUUUGUGGAAGAUUAUUUUAUGAAAAGAGUAAUCUACAGAAACACGUCAGCACGCAUACGGGAGAGAAACCAUUUCAUUGUGAUAUUUGCGGGAAACGAUUCAGAAUAAACAGUCUUUUAAAAUCGCAUAUGCUGACCCAUGAUGGAGAGAAACAAUACAGAUGUGGCAUUUGUGGUAAAUCGUACGUACAUAAGAGUUCUUUCAAUAGGCAUGUUCUUAGUCAUGAGAAAAUAUUCACCUGCGACGUUUGCGGGAAAGGAUACAAACAAAAAAGUCAUUUGACGACACAUUAUACGAUUAGUCACAUAGAAAAAAGAUUUCCAUGUGAAAUCUGUGGAAAGUUAUUUACAAAAAUGUAUUCUUUGAAGAGACAUGCUUGCAAGCACGAACAGUAUAAAUGUGAUAUCUGUGGAAAGAAAGUUUUAUACAAAAGAAGUCUGCAAAUGCAUUAAAAGAUGCAUCAACAUAAGUAAAAGAAGAAUCUUUAAAAAUAUCGUUAGAGGCAGAUCAUCAAGCAAGGAAGAAAAACAUUGCGGACGUUUUUAUAAAAAAUAUACGAUUUUUUUUCUAAUCUUUUUAUUACUCCAAUUUUAUUUGAAUGACCAUCAAGUGUCAAUUUAGUUUUUAUUAGCAUU